AUAAUGUAUGAGUUAUCAACUUCAGGCUUUGAUGUGACCAUGCUCAUAUCCCUGAUUUCAUCAGGUGUCUUGCUAGGUAUCGUUGUCUAUGAGCUAUUGCUCUUGACAGACUUGGAAGGAAAUGAUAUCAACUCUAUCGACUUUUGCAAGAGAUACAACCGUUUCGUAUUGCCAGAGUACAUCUUACAGGGUGUGUUUGCUGGAUGGUUCUUGCUCACCUUUAGACUGGUCCUAUUCCUACUGAACAUGCCUUUAGUAUAUUAUCACAUCAUGAGAUAUAAUAGCAGAACAUAUUUGUGCGAUGCCACCAAAGUAUACUCUCAAACCAGCAAGAUUGGCAAUCACCUGAUGCUCAAGUUGGUCUUCUAUAUGAUCAUGUUCUUUGUCUACCUCUUCAUCUUGUUGUUCAACCUCUUCUCUGACUAA